CUUUUUGGUGUUGUUUCCUGAUUAAUUUGUGAGUGAAAAACAGUGAAAAACUAGUCAGCUGGAAUUUUCUUCGCUAAAUCGUUAAAAAACUGCUGCCUAAAUUAGCCGUCAUGGAAAACAGCGAUAAAAUGGAAAUCUACGAAUCCCUAAUCCGUUGGUUGUCUGAAUUGCAUCUUCCAGCUGAUCACAAAAACGCGCUGCAACUGAGUGAUGGCGUAGCGCUAGCUCAGGCCCUGAACCAAAUUGCUCCGGAGACAUUCAGCGAUAGCUGGCUGACCAAGAUUAAGGUUGACGUCGGAAACAAUUGGCGACUUAAAGUUAGUAACCUGAAAAAGAUCAUCGAAGGUGUUUAUAUCUACUAUCAGGACGUUCUGAGCCUGUACCUUUCGGAGGAACUGCGACCCGAUGCGAUGAAGAUAGCUGAAAAAUGCGACGAAUUCGAACUCGGUCGCCUUCUGCAACUAAUCUUGGGCUGUGCCGUAAAUUGUCUUGAGAAGCAAAAAUAUAUCACCCAGAUUAUGGAGUUGGAGGAGUCACUACAACGUAAUAUAAUGGCAGCCCUACAGGACAUUGAAUACGUGUGGCAAGGAGCAUCGCCGUCACGAAAUUCUAUCAACGCAUCUAGUUUGGAUGUUAAGACGCUCCAAGAAGAUCGGGAUAGUUUGGCACAAAAAUGUCAUGAGAUGAACAAGAAGAUGCUGAUAUUGAUCGAGGAGAAAACAACAUUGCAGCAAGAGUUGAAUAAGCUGCAAAGCGUUAUCGAUCGAUAUGAACAUCCAAAUCUGAUCGGGGACGAUGGAACUUCGCUGGGCCCAAUCCAGCUGGGCUCCUCGAGGUACAACGAUCUUCGCAAGCUGGUCGACAGCUUAAAGGAUGAUUUGAUGCAGGCGGAAACGGCCAGAGAUGAUCUAAAAAUGAAAUCGACAAUGCAGGAAAAAGAGAUCACCGAUCUGCAAGUUAAAGUCGAUGAAUUACACGCUGCAACUGCGGAGAUUGCUCAGCUUAAGGACGAAAUCGACAUCCUCAAGGAAGCUAACGAUAAAUUGAAAAUUGCCGAAACUCAACUAAAUACCUACAAGAAAAAAUUGGAAGACUACAACGAUCUGAAAAAACAAAUCAAAAUGCUAGAAGAGAGAAGUGCAGAUUAUCUGAAGCAGAAUCUGGAGUAUGAGGAAGAGGCAAAAAAGUUUUCUGGUCUUAAGGGUCAGGUUGAGUUGUAUAAGAAGGAAAUACAGGAUCUUCACCUCAAACUGGACACUGAGAUGAGCAAAACUAUGAAGACAGAAUUCGAGUACAAUCAACUACAGACAAAGUUGUCUGCCGUUCAACGAGAAAAGGAAAAUCUGCUUGGAGAACGGGAUGCCCUGAGAGAAAUUUGUGACGAGCUCAAAUGUGGGCAGGUGGCAGAUGAUUCGGAGGGAGGCAACACUAUGUCCAAAGAACUACAUUCCAGUGACAUACGCGAUCGCAUCGAACGACUGGAGAAAGAAAACAAGGCACUCCGAGAAGGGCAAGGUGGUCAAACGGCUCUUUCGCAACUCCUGGAUGACGCAAAUCAGCGAAACGAAAAGCUGCGAGACCAAUUAAAAACAGCCAAUCAACGCAUCUUGUUACUCAGCCAAAGUCAUCCCGAGGAACAUCAUAGCUCAAAAUCUGACAUCGAUAUUCAGCUGAAACAAGCACUGGAACUGAACGAGCAACGUUCGUCCCAGAUUGAUGAUUUGCAAUCGCAAAAUGCUCAACUCCGCCAAGAACUACAAGCAGCCGAUACUCGCUUCAAGAAAUGUGUGGAAAAAGCCAAGGAAGUAAUUAAAACGCUGGAUCCGCGUGUUGUUAAUGAAGCCCUUAUUUUGGAUAAAUCAUCUCAAGAUUCAGAAGGUUCUUCGUCGUCGACGACUACCGUGGCUUCCACAAUGGCAGCUACUGCGGUCAAUGUGGCCGGAAUAGUUGGCAGUGCUCUCUCAGAUGCAGCCGAACAAUCGGAUUCGAAACGUGCUCCGAUGGGACUGCAGGAGGAACAACUGAUCACGACGGCGUUCUAUCGGAUGGCUAAUACUUGCCAGCGAGAGGCAGUUGAUUCACGACUCGCACUGCUAAGCGGUCCGGGCCAGAGUUUUCUGUCCCGUCAACGACAGCCGGCGCCUCGUAAACCUAUGAAUAUGACGUAUGUUAAAAAGUAGAUAGCCAGAUCCGGAUUACGAACGUCAAAGGCAUUCACAACCGUUCCAAAGAUGCCUUACUGAGAUGUCUAUAAUUAUUCCAAAAAAUAUUCUGAAGGGAGCGCUGGAGUUCGACUAUGCUGCUACUGUCGAACUAUGUAUAGAAAUGAUUGCUUUUCUAGAAUGCAUGCACGACUAUUUAUUAUUUAUCUAGCUCUGUAACAAUGUUUACUAUAUUUUUUUAGGUAAAAUGUAUAACCUUUUCUUGGCGUGAAAAUAAAUGAAAAACAAUAUAAGUAUUUAUAA